CGCAGGGGGUGGGGAGUGUUGUUAACCGGAGCGGCUGCCGCAGUCGCGGGGAUUGAGCGGGCUCGCGGCGCUUGGCUCCUGGUCUCCCGGCCAGGGCAAUGUUCCGCACCGCAGUGAUGAUGGCGGCCAGCCUGGCGCUGACCGGGGCCGUGGUGGCUCAUGCCUACUACCUCAAACACCAGUUCUACCCCACUGUGGUGUACUUGACCAAGUCCAGCCCCAGCAUGGCAGUCCUGUAUAUCCAGGCCUUCGUCCUUGUCUUCCUCUUGGGCAAGGUGAUGGGCAAAGUGUUCUUUGGGCAGCUGAGGGCAGCAGAGAUGGAGCACCUUCUGGAGCGUUCCUGGUACGCAGUCACUGAGACUUGUCUGGCCUUCACUGUUUUUCGGGAUGACUUCAGCCCCCGCUUUGUUGCGCUCUUCACUCUUCUUCUCUUCCUCAAGUGUUUUCACUGGUUGGCUGAGGACCGUGUAGACUUUAUGGAACGCAGCCCCAAUAUCUCCUGGCUCUUUCACUGCCGAAUCGUCUCCCUUAUGUUCCUCCUGGGUAUCCUGGACUUCCUGUUCGUCAGCCAUGCCUAUCACAGCAUCCUGACCCGUGGGGCUUCUGUGCAGCUGGUGUUUGGCUUUGAGUAUGCCAUCCUGAUGACUAUGGUGCUCACCAUCUUCAUCAAGUACGUGCUGCACUCUGUGGACCUCCAGAGCGAGAACCCUUGGGAUAAUAAGGCCGUAUACAUGCUCUACACAGAGCUGUUCACAGGCUUCAUCAAGGUUCUGCUGUACAUGGCGUUUAUGACCAUCAUGAUCAAGGUGCACACCUUCCCGCUCUUUGCCAUCCGGCCCAUGUACCUGGCCAUGAGGCAGUUCAAGAAAGCUGUGACAGAUGCCAUCAUGUCCCGCCGAGCUAUCCGUAACAUGAACACACUGUAUCCAGAUGCCACCCCAGAAGAACUCCAGGCAGUGGACAACGUCUGCAUCAUCUGCCGUGAAGAGAUGGUGACUGGUGCCAAGAGACUGCCCUGCAACCACAUCUUCCACACCAGCUGCCUGCGCUCCUGGUUCCAGCGGCAACAGACCUGCCCCACGUGCCGUAUGGAUGUACUGCGGGCAUCGCUGCCAGCUCAGUCACCACCACCCCCUGAGCCUGCAGACCAAGGACCACCCCCUGCUCCCCACCCCCAACCACUCCUGCCCCAGCCCCCUAACUUCCCCCAGGGCCUCCUGCCUCCUUUUCCUCCAGGCAUGUUCCCACUGUGGCCACCAAUGGGCCCCUUUCCACCUGUCCCACCUCCCCCAAGCUCUGGAGAGGCUGUGGCCCCUCCGUCCACCAGUGCAGCCCUUUCUCGGCCCAGUGGAGCAGCCACAACCACAGCUGCUGGCACUAGUACCUCUGCUUCAGCACCUGGCUCUGCCCCCGCUCCAGAGACCGGCCCCACCCCUGGCUUCCCCUUUCCUCCUCCCUGGAUGGGUAUGCCUCUGCCUCCACCCUUUGCCUUCCCCCCCAUGCCUGUGCCCCCUGCUGGCUUUGCCGGGCUGACCCCAGAGGAGUUGAGGGCUCUGGAGGGCCAUGAGCGGCAGCACCUGGAGGCCCGGCUGCAGAGCCUGCGCAACAUCCACACGCUGCUGGACGCCGCCAUGCUGCAGAUCAACCAGUACCUCACUGUGCUGGCCUCCUUAGGGCCACCCCGACCUGCCACUUCAGUUAACCCCACUGAAGAGACUGCCUCUACAGUGGUCACUGCUCCCUCCUCCACCAGCAUCCCCAGCUCUGAGGCCACCACCCCAACCCCAGGAGCCUCCCCACCAGCCUCUGAAACUGAAAAAUCUCCAGCUCCUGAUUCAGUGGGCGCAGAGGAGCUGCCCGAGGAUGGAGAGCCUGAUGCUGCAGAACUCCGCCGGCGCCGCCUGCAAAAGUUGGAGUCCCCUGUUGCCCACUGACACUGCCCCAGGCCUGACCCUGCCCCCGCUCUCUUGAGCAGCCCUCGCUGGAACACGUCCUGCCACCAAGUGCCAGCUCCCUCCAUCUGCACCAGGGAGUAGUAACCCCAGCUCUGAGAAGGAAGUGGCAGCACCCCCGAGGCUGAGUUCCCAGGCGAGAACUUGAGCCCUCAGAGCCCAGGGACUGUGAGGAUGUUGGUCAGUUCCAGCCUUCCUCUCCAUCUCUUCAGCCUUGUGGUCUGCUAGGGCUCUGAAGGCAGGUUCAACCUCUGAAAAGCCCUCUUCCUUCCCCUCAUUUCUGGAAGAAGGGCAGCCCCUCUGAGCCCUACUUGUGUGCUGGGUCAUGCUGCGUGCCGAACAGUAUUAGCUCCGGUUCCCAAGUGUGGACCCCAGAGGAGCUGGAGUCGAACCAGAACUUUCCCCUGGCUCUCCAGCCACGACUGGUACUGAUUUCCUUUUCAUACCCCCAUCUUCCCAGAAGCCCCUUUGUGAUGGUGGCUGUGCCCCCUAUGCCCUGUGGCAUUUCCAAGUCUUACUGGCAACCAUACAACUCAGGGAAAGGAGUGCCUGCGGGUGGGGGUUAGGCGGGCAGCACUGAGGGACCCUGCCCCGCCCCUCCCCCAGACCCUUUCCCCUGCAGCUUCUCAGCUGAGACUAAUAGUCUCACCCAGCAGCCACUGCCCAGCCAUGGCAGGCUGAGGGCCAGUGUACUGCUCCUUAACCACUGCAACCCUGGAACCCAAGGAAGGGCACUCCUGAGCUGCAGACCUUUCUCCAGUUCAGGAUUGUACUACUUCCUACCUAGUGGCUUUUGGCUUAAAUUUUGUCUUUUGAAUUUGAAUGCUUGACCCCAGGAAGGGGAGUAGGAGUGUACUUCUGCUCUUUCAGUUUAUAGAAUGGGCUCUGGACCAGGCAGGGACCACAGGAACCGAGACCUGCCCACCCUUCUUUCUUCACCUCGGUUUUGUGUUACAAGAGUUGCUGGAGACAGUUUCAGAUGAUUAUUUAAUUUGUAAAUAUUGUACAAAUUUUAAUAGCUUAAAUUGUACAUACAGCCGAAUAAAAACUUGCAUUAACAA